UCUCUAUGCCACUGACUCAACCCGCUCACCGAGUCACGAACCGUCCCCGCCCGGCACCGCAGUCCACCGUCGCAAGACGCUAGCCAUUUCUCCAGAUCCGGCUCACUGAGUCACACUCGCAGCAAGCUCGGGAAUGGCUUCUUCGGAAGCCGAUUCCCGUCUGAGGCAGGUGGUGUCCCCAGCCCUCGAUAAGAUCAUCAAGAACGCCUCGUGGCGGAAGCACGCCAAGCUCGCCAGCGAAUGCAAAGCCGUGCUCGAGCGGCUCAGCAAGUCUAAACCCGACCCGAAUUCCGACUCUGACAACUCCGGCCCGGGACCUCUCCACGACGGAGGCUCCGAAGAGUACUCGCUCGCCGACUCCGAGUCCAUUCUCAGCCCCGUAAUCAACGCCGCCGGCUCCGGCGUAUUGAAGAUCGCCGAUCCGGCCGUCGAUUGCAUCCAGAAGCUAAUCGCCCAUGGAUAUUUGCGCGGCGAGGCUGACGCAUCCGGGGGUGCCGCGGAAGCGAAGUUGCUCACGAAAUUGAUCGAGUCUGUGUGCAAAUGCCACGAUUUGGGGGACGAUCAGAUGGAGCUGCUGGUGUUGAAGACCCUGUUAUCGGCAGUGACGUCGAUAUCGCUGCGAAUUCACGGAGAUUGCUUGCUGCAGAUAGUGAGGACUUGCUACGACAUCUAUUUGGGGAGUAAGAAUGUCGUUAAUCAGACGACGGCGAAGGCGUCGCUGAUCCAGAUGCUGGUGAUUGUGUUCAGAAGAAUGGAGGCUGACUCGUCGACGGUUCCUAUUCACCCGAUCGUGGUGGCUGAGCUGAUGGAUCCGAUUGAGAAAGCCGACGCCGACGGCUCAAUGACAAUGUUCGUUCAGGGGUUUAUCACCAAGAUUAUGUCCGACAUUGAUGGAGUUUUGAACCCUUCGACACCUACUAAGGUGUCACUGCGAGGGCACGACGGGGCCUUCGAGACCACCACAGUGGAGACCACGAACCCUGCCGAUUUGCUGGAUUCGACUGAUAAGGACAUGUUGGAUGCCAAGUACUGGGAGAUUAGCAUGUACAAGACGGCAUUGGAGGGCCGAAAAGGCGAAUUGGCUGACGGAGAAGUGGAGAGAGAUGAGGAUUUGGAGGUUCGGAUUGGGAAUAAGUUGAGAAGAGAUGCGUUUUUGGUGUUUAGAGCUCUGUGUAAGCUGUCUAUGAAGACUCCGCCAAAAGAGGCAUUAGCGGAUCCGGAGUUGAUGAAGGGAAAAAUUGUUGCAUUGGAGCUUUUGAAGAUUUUGUUAGAGAAUGCCGGUGCCGUCUUUAGGACCAGUGAAAGGUUUUUAGGUGCGAUUAAGCAAUAUUUAUGUCUAUCACUGUUAAAGAACAGUGCUUCAACUCUUAUGAUAGUUUUUCAGCUAUCUUGCUCCAUCUUCAUUAGUCUGGUGUCAAGAUUUAGAGCUGGACUGAAAGCAGAAAUUGGAGUAUUUUUUCCCAUGAUUGUUCUCAGAGUUUUGGAAAAUGUCGCACAACCCAAUUUUCAGCAAAAGAUGAUAGUACUUCGGUUUCUUGAGAAGCUGUGUGUUGAUUCCCAGAUCUUGGUAGACAUAUUUAUCAAUUAUGAUUGUGAUGUCAGUUCAUCGAACAUAUUUGAAAGGAUGGUAAAUGGCCUACUUAAAACUGCUCAAGGUGUCCCUCCUGGUGUUGCCACCACAUUAUUACCACCUCAGGAGGCAACUAUGAAACUCGAAGCUAUGAAGUGCUUAGUUGGUGUUUUGAGGUCAAUCGGAGAUUGGAUGAACAAACAAUUGCGCAUUCCAGAUCCUCAUUCUAACAAGAGAUUUGAGCCAACUGAGAAUAGUCCUGAACCAGGAGGUCUUCCCUUGGCAAAUGGGAACAGUGAGGAGCCUGUUGAUGGGUCAGACACUCAUUCUGAAGCCUCCAGUGAGGCCUCUGAUGCUCUGACAAUUGAACAACGCCGAGCUUACAAGCUGGAACUUCAGGAAGGUAUAUCUCUUUUUAAUCGGAAACCUAAAAAAGGAAUUGAGUUUCUUAUUAAUGCAAACAAGGUGGGUAGUUCACCUGAGGAGAUAGCUGCUUUUCUCAAAAAUGCAUCUGGUUUGAACAAGACUUUGAUUGGGGAUUACCUUGGAGAAAGAGAAGAUUUAUCGCUAAAAGUAAUGCAUGCUUAUGUGGAUUCCUUUGAAUUUCACGGCUUGGAGUUUGAUGAGGCCAUCAGGGCAUUUCUUCAAGGCUUUAGGUUGCCUGGUGAGGCACAGAAGAUCGAUAGAAUAAUGGAAAAGUUUGCAGAACGCUAUUGCAAGUGUAAUUCAAAGGCUUUUACUAGUGCUGACACAGCCUAUGUCCUUGCUUAUUCCGUGAUAAUGCUCAACACUGAUGCUCAUAACCCUAUGGUGAAGAACAAGAUGUCAGCUGAUGAUUUUAUAAGAAACAAUCGCGGCAUAGAUGAUGGAAAAGAUCUACCUGAGGAGUACUUGAGGUCAUUGUUUGAACGAAUAUCAAGAAAUGAGAUUAAAAUGAAAGAAUAUGAAUUGGCUCCUCAAAUACAGUCGGUGAACCCAAACCGGCUUUUGGGCUUGGAUAGUAUCUUGAAUAUUGUGAUCCGUAAACGGGGGGAAGGAAAUCAAUUGGAGACCAGUGAUGAUCUUAUCAAGCAUAUGCAAGAACAAUUUAAAGAAAAAGCUCGCAAAUCUGAGUCAGUUUAUUAUGCUGCAACAGAUGUGAUAAUUCUUAGAUUCAUGGUUGAGGUAUGCUGGGCCCCUAUGCUGGCUGCCUUCAGUGUUCCACUUGAUCAAAGUGACGAUGAAGUAGUUAUUUCACUGUGUCUGGAAGGCUUUCGUCAUGCCAUUCAUGUUACUGCUGUAAUGUCCAUGAAGACCCAUAGAGACGCUUUUGUGACUUCACUAGCAAAGUUUACUUCUCUCCACUCUCCUGCCGAUAUCAAGCAGAAGAAUAUUGACGCAAUUAAGGCAAUAGUGACAAUUGCAGAUGAAGAUGGAAACUACCUACAAGAAGCUUGGGAACAUAUUUUGACUUGUGUUUCCCGGUUUGAACAUCUACAUCUCUUGGGAGAGGGUGCUCCUCCAGAUGCUACGUUCUUUGCCUUUCCUCAGAGUGAGUCAGAAAAAACAAAACAGACUAAGUCCACUAUCCUUCCUGUUUUAAAAAAGAAGGGGCAAGGAAGGAUGCAGUAUGCAGCUGCUGCUGUGUUGCGAGGUUCAUAUGAUAGUGCUGGUAUUGGUGGGAAUGCUUCUGGGGCUGUCACAUCAGAACAGAUGAACAAUUUGGUUUCUAAUUUAAACAUGCUAGAACAAGUUGGUGAGGUGAGCCGCAUAUUCACACGGAGUCAGAAACUAAACAGUGAGGCGAUUGUGGACUUUGUUAAAGCACUUUGCAAGGUCUCUAUGGAAGAAUUGCGAUCGGCAUCUGAUCCUCGGGUUUUCAGCCUUACAAAGAUUGUUGAGAUUGCGCAUUAUAAUAUGAACCGCAUCAGGCUUGUCUGGUCUAGCAUCUGGCAUGUGCUUUCUAAUUUCUUUGUGACAAUUGGCUGUUCUGAAAACCUGUCAAUCGCCAUUUUCGCUAUGGAUUCUCUUCGCCAGUUGUCAAUGAAAUUCUUGGACCGAGAAGAGUUGGCUAAUUAUAAUUUUCAGAAUGAGUUCAUGAAACCUUUUGUCAUUGUUAUGCGUAAAAGCAGUGCAGUUGAAAUACGUGAAUUAAUCAUCAGAUGUGUCUCACAAAUGGUAUUAUCUCGUGUCAACAAUGUCAAAUCUGGAUGGAAGAGCAUGUUCAUGGUAUUCACUACUGCAGCUUAUGACGACCACAAAAACAUUGUACUCUUGGCCUUUGAAAUAAUUGAGAAGAUUAUUCGAGACUAUUUUCCGUACAUAACUGAGACUGAAACCACUACCUUUACUGAUUGCGUGAAUUGCCUAAUUGCAUUUACGAAUAGUAGAUUCAACAAGGACAUUAGCCUCAAUGCUAUUGCUUUUCUUCAAUUCUGUGCUACAAAACUUGCAGAUGGAGGUCUUGGUUCCUCAUCAAAAAAUAAGGACAAGGAAGCUUCUGGAAAAAUCUCGCCAUCUUCACCUCAAGCCUGGAAAGAUGGAAAACAAGAAAAUGGUGAAAUGCCAGAUAAGGAUGACCAUAUCUAUUUCUGGUUCCCUUUAUUGGCUGGUUUAUCCGAGCUUAGCUUUGACCCUAGGCCUGAAAUCAGGAGGAGUGCCCUACAAGUUCUGUUUGAAACUUUACGUAACCAUGGUCACCUUUUCUCACUACCUUUGUGGGAAAGGGUGUUUGAAUCAGUGCUAUUUCCAAUAUUUGACUAUGUGCGGCAUGCUAUCGAUCCAUCCGGGGAAGGUUCACCAGGGCAAGGGACUGAUGGUGAUGUGGGUGAUCUUGAUCAAGAUGCCUGGCUCUAUGAGACAUGCACAUUGGCACUUCAAUUAGUUGUUGAUCUCUUUGUCAAAUUUUAUAACACUGUCAAUCCGCUAUUGAAGAAAGUUUUGGUGCUUCUAGUCAGUUUUAUUCGACGACCACACCAAAGCUUAGCUGGUAUUGGUAUUGCUGCAUUUGUGCGAUUGAUGAGCAAUGCAGGGGAUCUCUAUUCUCAUGAAAAGUGGCUAGAAGUGGUUUCAUCAUUAAAAGAAGCAGCCAAUUCAACGCUUCCUGAUUUCUCUUUCCUUAGUGGAGAUGGCAUCAUUAGAAGCCAUGAACAUGCUUUGAGCAGAGAAGAGAAUGGAGAGUCCACCGUGUCUGGCAGGAGUGAUGAGGAUUCAGAGAUACUGAGGACAAACCACAUGUAUGCUGGAAUAUCUGACGUCAAGUGCCGAGCUGCUGUUCAACUUUUAUUGAUUCAGGCGGUGAUGGAGAUUUACACCAUGUAUCGCUCUCACCUUUCCGCGAGAAACACAUUAGUCCUUUUUGAUGCUUUGCACGAUGUUGCAUCUCACGCUCACAAGAUUAACACCGAUGCCACUUUAAGAGCAAGGUUACAAGAAUUUGGUGCCGUGACCCAAAUGCAAGACCCUCCACUGUUGCGCAUCGAGAAUGAAUCUUACCAAAUAUGCCUUACAUUCCUACAGAACCUUGUAGAGGAUAGCCCAGCAGGUUACAAUGAAGUGGAGGUGGAGUCCUGCAUCGUGGACCUCUGCAGAGAGGUUUUACAGUUCUAUAUUGAAGCUGCUAGCUCUGGAAAGGUAUCUGAAUCAUCCAAAGGGCAGCAGCUCCAGUGGCUAAUUCCUCUAGGUUCUGGGAGACGAAGAGAAUUGGCCCAACGUGCCCCGCUUAUAGUGGCAACUCUCCAGACUAUCUGUAGUUUGGGAGAGUCCUCAUUUGAAAACAACUUGUCUCAGUUCUUCCCCCUCCUUUCCAGCUUGAUAAGUUGUGAACACGGUUCGAAUGAGGUCCAGAUUGCCCUCGGUGACAUGCUCAGCUCAUCUUUGGGGCCUGUGUUGCUUCGGUCGUGUUGAGCAGGUGAGAUAGGACCGCGCAAUUUGAGAUGUAUGAUAAUUUUAUCCUAAGUCUUCGUAGUCUUCAUUUUCGUAUUCUUUUUUAUUCGUUAUUGGAAAUAUAGUUUGAUAGUGUUAUGAAGAGUUAGUAGCAAUGCUUUGAAUUUGAUUGACUAGUGCUUCUAAACCUUCUGUAGUCUCAUAUGAGAUUAUAGCUCCAUUUAGAAUUUAUACAUCUCUUCCGGAGUUUUGAUGUUGUA